AUGUGGAGUAGGUGGACUGUACGACGGAAAAAAAUCAGACUGAUUACGGCGUUAUUUAAAGACAAAAGUUUACUGUCAGAUUACGAAGAUAACGAUGAGGUCGAAGCACAGCAAGAUAAUCAUGCAUCAGAAACGACGGCGACAUCGAAUGGAUUAGAGAAUCAAGACUUUUAUCAAGAUAAUAUCGCUUGUUCUCACUCAAAUGUGAUGGAAACAAGAGAAUUGAAUAUGAAUGAUAUGGAAAACGAGACUACAUUAGCUCGAGACAGGUGACGUUACCAGUGUUUUCUUUUCUAAGGUCAAAAACAAUAGAAAGCACCUUUUUUUUCUUCAGAAUCAAUAACGCCAGAAGUUUUUCUUCCAAGAAGACGCUGUCCCAGCUGGAUAUAGCUACUGCUUUAAUCAUCAUCAGAUCUCGACAUAAACUAUCGAAAAAAGGUGUAAAUCAGAUUUGUUUAUUAUUACGACUGUUAAACGUUAAUCACGCUCCUAAAAGUUAUUGGGCAGCAAAACCGAUCGUCGAAGCAAGAUCUAUUUCAAAUCUUUUAGUCCAAAAACGUUUCGUCUGUCCGAAUUGUGCCAACUCUUCAUUGUCCGAUAGUAAAUGCACGUUGAAAUUCUGCUUGCUCAGUCAAAGCUUUGUAUGUCGAGAAACCUCUUUCCUAUUUUUGAAAUUUCCAAUACAACAGCAAAUUACUGAAAUUCUUUUAACUGAAAAGAAUAUUAUGUUGCCAACGUCUACAGUGAGAGACUAUGUUUUUGAGAACCAUUCCACUGAAAAUAUUAAAGAUAUCACUGACGGCCACGUGUACAAACAAAUUUUAAUGAGUGAAACAGAUCCACUUUGUAUUUUUACAAAAGUUAUUUAUUACAUAUUUUAUUCUAUUUGACUAUCUAAAUUGCGUUCUUCUGCAAAUGGAACACGUGCAACUCAAUUUGUAAGUGAUCAACUUUCAUGACAAUUUUAC